AUGGCCCCUGCUAUUGAUGUCAUCCAUGAUGAAGCAACGUUUUUGAACAAUAGCGUUGUCAAUACUCACGAGAUUAUUGAUGACAAGAUCAAGCCGAUAGCAGGCUUCGAACCUGGUGAAGACCACGAGGUCUCUCCCGGUGCCACAGCUUUAUCGAAAAAGUUGGUGGGCGAGGCACUUGUUGAGCAGAUUGAGGGAAUCGAUCACGAACUUUGUGAUGCUGGAGAGGAAGAUUCCUUCUUUGUUGCCGACCUUGGCGAGGUUUACCGCUCGUUCAAGAUGUGGAAGCAGCAAAUGCCACAAGUGUUACCACACUACGCAGUCAAAUGCAACACCGAUCCUGCUGUGAUCAGGUUGCUUGGUACUUUGGGUGCCAACUUUGACUGUGCUUCGAAAAAGGAGAUCGAUACCAUUUUGGGCUUGGGUUUCGACGCCUCGAGAAUUGUCUAUGCUAAUCCAUGCAAGACAAACUCGUUCAUCCGUCACGCCAGAGAAUGCGAUGUCAACUUGACCACUGUGGACAAUUCCCAGGAGUUGUACAAGUUGAAGAAGCACCACCCUGAAUGUGGUAUUUUGAUCAGAAUCGCAACUGACGAUGAGUCUGCUCAAUGCAGAUUGUCCACCAAGUUUGGAUGCUCUGUCAGCUCUGCGUUGAACGAGUUGUUGCCAUUGUGCCAGGAAUUGGAUUUGAAAGUCAGGGGUGUGGCUUUCCACGUUGGAUCUGGUGCUAAGGACUUCGAUUCAAUUUACAAAGCAGUCAAAGACUCUCGCACAGUUUUUGACAAAGCUGAAGAAAUGGGUAUGCCUAUGAGUGUAUUGGACAUUGGAGGCGGUUUCGAGAGGGAGACUUUCGGCGAGUCGUCUGCCAUGGUUCGUUACUCUUUGGGCAAGUAUUUCCCACAGACCUACGCCGACCAACACGGAAUUCUGUUCAUUGCGGAACCUGGUCGGUUUAUGGUUGCCAAUGCUUUCACAUUGGCGACCCACGUCAUUGCACGUAGGGACUUGGGCAAGGAGCAGUACGACAUGGAGGCCAUGAUCUACGUCAACGAUGGCGUUUACGGCAACAUGAACUGUAUUUUGUUUGACCAUCAGCACCCAGUGGCUCACGUCUUGAGACACGAUGGUAAGAUCUAUUAUGAUGGUGAAACGGUGGAUGACGAGGACAAGGACAUCCAGGGCACGGUCCGCCGUUUCGCUUUCCUGAUCUGGGGCCCUACAUGUGACGGGUUGGACUGCAUUUCCACCAGAAGCGAGUUUGCAACGAACAUUAAUGUUGGUGAUUGGUUGUAUUUCCCCAACUUGGGUGCUUACACACUGGCAGCCACAACGUCGUUCAACGGACUUGGUGGACUGGCUACAGUCAAAUACGUCUCCUCUGCUCCUGAGGUCCGCUUGUAA